AUGGUUCCGCAAGUAAAGAUGGAUCAUCCAGUUUUACAUGUAUCAUGGAAUGAUUCUGUGGCGUUCUGUGAAUGGGCGGGCAAACGUUUACCAACAGAGGCUGAGUGGGAAUAUGCUUGUAAAGGUGGCCUUGAUAACAGAUUAUAUUCAUGGGGAAACGCAGAGCAACCUAAAUGUGUACAUUGGAUGAAUAUUUGGCAUGGUGAAUUUCCUAAAACAAACACAGAAGAUGACGGAUAUGGGGCCACUGCACCAGUAACAGAGUUUCCUGAACAAAAUAAAUUUGGAUUAAAGAAUAUGAUUGGAAAUGCAUGGGAGUGGACACAAGAUUGGUGGGAAGUUAAACACACAGACACACCGAAAACAAAUCCUAAAGGACCUUCAAAAGGAACAGAUAAAGUCAAGAAAGGUGGCUCUUUUAUGUGUCACAAGUCAUAUUGCUACAGGUACAGAUGUGAUGCUAGAAGUCAGAAUACAGUAGAUAGCUCCGCCCAUAAUCUCGGCUUUAGAUGUGCUAGCGAUAAUCUACCAGAUUAUUUACAACAUUAAAUAUCAUUUCCAUGUAUCAUGUCCUUUGAAAAAUUUUCCAUGGAGCAUAUAAAUAGUUACACAUUUGUCUUCCAUCUCAUCUUUCUAUUUAAUUUUUUUCCCAUUUUUCAUUGCAUCAUUAUUCAUUGACUGAAAUGACAGAUUUUUAAUGUGAAGGUCAUUCUCAUUAACCUUUUGGUGGGGAUAUUAGGUCAAGGUCAGUGAGGCUUAAAACAGAUUUUCUUCUUUUCCUCAAUUUAGCUAAAAAUAGAUUUUCUACUUUUCCUCACUGAAGAUAAAAACAGAUUUUCUACUUUUCCUCACUUAAGUUAAAAA